AUGGGCGUGCGGGCCGCGCAUUGGCCCCGCGCGCUGUCAAUCAGCGCGUGGCUGCGUCAGGGCCGGGUGCGCGGCCCCGUUCCCUGCUGUGUGCGGGGCCGGCGCGGGGCCGGUGCGGGCGGGGCCGCGCCUCGCUCGUCCCUCGCUAAGAUGGCGGCGGCGGCGGCGGCGGCCGUGGCGCGGCUCGAGGGCCGGGAGUUCGAGUACCUCAUGAAGAAGCGCUCGGUGACCAUCGGCCGCAACUCGUCGCAGGGCUCGGUGGACGUGAGCAUGGGCCACUCCAGCUUCAUCUCCCGCCGCCACCUCGAGAUCUUCACCGCCGCGCCCCCGCCGUCGCCGGCCGGCGCGGACGGGCCGCCGCCCCCGCCGCAGGGAGACCCGGCGGGCGGAGCGGGGGGCGACUUCUACCUGCGCUGCCUCGGCAAGAACGGCGUGUUCGUGGACGGCGUGUUCCAGCGGCGCGGGGCGCCGCCGCUGCAGCUGCCGCGAGUCUGUACUUUCAGGUUUCCCAGCACAAACAUCAAGAUAACAUUCACAGCUCUGUCCAAUGAAAAGAGAGAAAAGCAGGAGGCCCCCGAGUCCCCAGUGAAGCCUGUGCAACCCCAGAUCUCUCCCUUAACAAUAAACAUUCCAGACAACAUGGCUCACCUGAUCAGCCCCCUCCCUUCUCCCACAGGAACCAUCAGUGCUGCAAAUUCCUGCCCAUCGAGCCCCCGCGGCGCAGGCUCCUCAGGGUACAAAAUGAGCCGUGGAAUAGCAUCUGACCUACAUUUGAUGGCUGACAAUUCCCAGUCAGAAAACGACAAGGAAGCUUCAGGGGGAGACAGCCCAAAGGAUGACUCUAAGCCACCCUACUCCUAUGCACAGUUAAUAGUCCAAGCAAUUACAAUGGCCCCGGAUAAGCAGCUUACACUAAAUGGAAUUUAUACGCACAUAACUAAAAAUUAUCCCUACUACAGGACAGCAGACAAGGGCUGGCAGAAUUCAAUACGUCACAAUCUCUCUCUGAAUCGUUAUUUCAUCAAAGUACCACGUUCCCAGGAAGAACCAGGCAAAGGCUCAUUCUGGAGGAUAGACCCUGCCUCUGAAAGCAAAUUAAUAGAGCAGGCUUUUAGGAAAAGGCGGCCUAGGGGAGUACCUUGCUUUAGAACCCCUCUGGGACCACUCUCUUCUAGAAGUGCCCCAGCUUCUCCUAAUCACUCUGGAGUGUUGUCUGCACACUCCAGUGGCGUGCAGACCCCCGAGAGCCUGUCCAGGGAAGGAUCUCCUGUCCCCAUGGAGCCCGAGCCCAGCACCAUCCAGCCAAAACUCGCCGUCAUCCAGGAGGCGCGAUUCGCACAGAGCGCCCCAGGAUCACCUCUCUCUAGCCAGCCAGUUUUAAUUACUGUACAACGGCAGCUACCACAAGCUAUCAAACCCGUCACCUACACUGUUGCAACUCCUGUGACAACUUCAACCUCCCAGCAGCCUGUAGUUCAGACAGUUCACGUUGUGCACCAGAUCCCAGCUGUGUCAGUCACCAACGUGACUGGGCUGGCACCAGCAAACACUUACACUGUCGCAGGACAGGCCGUGGUCACACAAGCUGCUAUGGUCACCCAGCCCAAGGUAGAACCUCAAGAGAAUGGAGACCACAAGGAAGUCAAAGUGAAAGUGGAGCCUCUCCCUGCUAUUAGCCAUGCUGCAAUAGGAGCUGCUGGUCGCAUCAUCCAGACCUCGCAGCCCGCCCCCUUACAGACAGUUACCAUAGUGCAACAGGCGCCGCUGGGCCAGCACCAGCUGCCCAUCAAAGCUGUCACCCAGAACGGAACGCACAUCGUGCCCCUGAGCGCCGCCGUGGGGCAGGGCAGCGCCGCUGCUGCAAGUCCUUUGCACAUGUUGGCGACCCACGCGUCCGCAUCGGCCUCGCUCCCCACCAAGCGCCAGAACGGAGACCAGGCAGAACAGCAGGAACUGAAACGGAUCAAAACAGAGGAUGGAGAGAGCAUAGUCAUAGCUGUGAACGUGGACACCCCACCCGUGGCAGUGAGUGACAAAAGCAGCCAGAACUAGAAACUUUAGGGGAGUUUUCCUUUUUUUUAAAAAAAAAAAAAAAAAAACACACAAAGAAAAAGAAAAAAAAAACACAAAAAAACCAACAAAAACAAACUCCGUGGUGCCAAAAGGAGACACUUAAAUCUAACACCUAAAAUGUUGGAACAUGUUCUCACGCAGUGGGGAAAGGGGCCCUGUGAAUCAGACUUCAACUUUCAGCACUGAAACAAAACCCAACACAGGUGGCCUUAAAACUUGGUAAUUUCAAGUCAAACUGCAGAACCAUGUUGUUGUAGAGGCUGUGCCCCCGCCCCUCCUGCCCACGGACUGUGUGUGCUGGGAGGGCUGCAGCUUGAACAGGAUCUGUCAGAUUUUUCCCAGGACUGAGGAUCUCAGUGUAACGGCAGCAUGAUAGCGCUUAGUGUGACUGGUUUCAAACGAUUGUAAAUUCCUAAAGGGAACAGAGGCAGGAGCCAUUCCGACACCGUGGCAGCUAAAGCCUUUCCGAACCACCCACCCAUGCAGUUGUUGAUAGAUAUGCAGUAUUUUGUUGUUCACAUGUGGAAUUAGAAAUUUUUGAGGUGUAUUUUCAUUUCUUUGCAAAACGAUGGGGUCUUUGACAUUUCAAAUCGCUCCAUUUCUACUCCGGAAACUUUGGAAUCACACAACUACUUUUCAUGUGAAAUUUUGUUUGGUAAAAAACUGAAUGUAGGGUUUUUUUAACCAACGGAAUGAUUUACUUUUGUCUGUCCUGUUCAAGUUCAGAUAAAGCUACUUUAUUACAUCUGCAAAUUUUCAUAUUUUAGCAGUUGCCUGAUAAAUUUAAUCAAAUUUUAUUACCAUGUGUAGUGAUCAAACGCUUCUUUGGGCUUGCAUGUAACUGAUUAGAAACUCUGAUGUAAAUGAGCCGUUAACUGACGUAAAGAACUGCUAUGGAUUUGACCAGAGCUGCACUUACCUGUUUCUCUCUCUGCUACCUUUUGCUGUUUGUUACUUUGUGUUGACUUUGACUGUCCCUGGCAUAUUUUUCCAGUCUAAAGUAAAACAAGAGUCUCGCUUAAUAUUGUGUAUGUUUAAGAUAACAGACUGUUCUUCAUUUAGAAAGAUAAAAUUCUUUAUCACGAGUCCUUCUAAAAAGAGUAAAAUUAUCUUGUCAGAGGUAUAUUCGAUAUUUUUAAGCUUAAGCACCCUUCAGUAGAAAUUAAUCUGCCCCGUUUCUCUGUAACACUUUGAUGUCAGACACUGACCUCGGGGUCUCCAUGACCAGUAGCUGUUGUGGUUUUCUAACAGUGGCUACCAGAUUAUGGUAAUAAUUUUUUUUUUUUUUUUAAGUGUGUGUUCUGCAGUUGAACAUUUUAAAAUGUAUCGGUAAUUUCUCACUUUAAUGUGGUAAUAGAUUCCACUUUACAUUUCAAAAUUCAAUUGAAACAAGGCUGCUGUUCAGUCUUCAACUCACACAACGUCUUAUUUCCUCCUGCAGCCAGGUGAGUGGGAGCCCGAGCCGGCUCCAUCGGAAUCUGGUUUUUGUCCUGUUCUGUAAUAAAGAUGCAUUAUUUAUAUUUCCUUUCCUGCUCCGAAAGGAAAAACUGUAUUUUCAUGAUGGACUGAACAGUUUGGAGUGGUUAUUUUAGGCAGCUUUUGGAAACUAUUUACCUAAAGACCAAAUAUGAGAAAUGUGUACAAGUUUUGUGUUCAUCCACACAAUGGAACUGUUACAAUGUCUCUGCAGAUAAUACAUUAAAAAACUAUGAAAAAAAAACUCUACACAAGCUGGAUUUAUAACAGGCAUUUAAAAAAAGGCAUAACCUGAAAAGAAGCAUUUCUGUACAAUUGCAACGUUUUCUUUAGAGGUUUUAAAAAUAAAAAAAGUAAAGUUUUAACAUACUUUUUUUAAAAAAAAAAAAUCCAGUACUAGUAAUUUAAUUUGGUGUUGAAUGAAUUCACUAGAAUGUGGUUUAUUUUCAGAAGUGAGAAUCUGUUCACAACUAGGGCUAGGUGAAUAAUAGUGUAUAAGAUUUUUUUAAAUAAAAUUAAAUUUUAUUCAGCAAAUUAA